UUCUUUUUUUGUAUAAAGAAAUUUAGCUCCCAUAGAAUGCAUAUUUUCUUCAAAUUUGGAUAACUAGCCCCCACAAAAGAAAUCACUUCUUAGCAUAUGAGGAUUUCUAUACAGAAUUAUCAUAUAACCUAACUCUUGCAAAUUUUUGUCUAUUCUAAUUAAAUCUUGUAGCUCUAUUUUCAAUAUGUCUUCAUAUGUUUGCAUAUUUGAUGAUAUGGCUAUGGGAUAAAAAAAAAAAAGUUUCUAUUUUCUUUUUUCGCAAUAAAAAUUUUCCAUCACCAAGUACGAUCUACCUCUGAAGUUUAAGCUUAUUCUAGUUAGACUCACUACUGUCGGCGAAUCAUGUCCUUCUCCUCUACCCGGAAUUAUCUGGCCCGUUCCGGCUUCCGUUUCCCUUUUCAGAGGACACAGUUCCAAAGGACCCAGUUUGUUCGUUCUUUUUGGCAGAAGGACAAAGGACUACUAGACUUAAUGGUAAUAUUGGAGUUGUGGGAUUUGGAAUUUAGACAUAUGCAAAGAGGUAGAACUGCAAGUCUAAAAGGGCAAAUCGAAAACCUCAAGGUCCGUGGAUUCUGUGCGGAGAGACGAAAGGAUGGCAACCAGCCUAUAGGACAUCGCACUAUAGUCAUGGAUCAGCCUUUUUAUAAAAAGCUGAAAAUUAUGGGGGAUCAAGAACAGAUUUUGAGUAUACUGACGGAGCUUUAUAUCAUAUCCGAAGUGAAGUUAACUCUUGCCACAAAGGGUUUGUUUUCUUGCUUGUACGAACAUGGAGUAGAAGACACAUGGAGAGCAUUUGUUGAGACUAUGAAAGGGAGAGCUAAUACUUCCUCCGAUUCUUACUUGAAACGGGAACUCGAGAAAAUGGAGAAAUGGUUGGACAAUGUAGAGCCUUUGGCAAAAGAAAUAUAUCAGGUGCUGGUUGUUCGUCACGGACAGAAAGUCUCUAAGCCUCGAGGCGAAUAUCAUUUUGAAAUUCUUCCCAACAGUUUUGGUUCAAUUCUGAUUAAGCUCUCAAAGCUUAGGUUGAAAUGGAAAGCUAUUGCAUCAUUGGAGCAUGGAAACUUGUUGGAUGAAUUGGACAAGCGAGAACUUGAUUAUGUAGAGACUUUGAUCAAGGAAGUACACAACUUUGUGGUCGUUCAGCAAUUAUUGCAAGAAUAACUUUGGACACCAGUAAUGGUAAGACUUCAGUUGACAAUGGUAACCUCUUUACAAAUGAAUGGGGCAUGGUUAGGGUUGUUUCUGAUUCUUUUUCCCGGUGCUGUGUUGUUGUAUCAAACUCCUUCAUUUUAGUGAGUUAUCUUUGCUUGAUUUCUUGGUGUAAAUGUAGUGAUCUAUCAAGUCGAAGCGCUUGAGUAACUAAUGGGAGCACGGUAUUAUCUAAUGCCCAGAAAGUUUCUUCCAACUGUUAUUUUCUUCCGUAGUAAUAAAGCAAAAUUUGUUUGCUUCUCUGCCUUCAUAAUGCCUUGGGCAGAACAGUUGGAAUACUCUGUUCAUUUCUGAAGAAAUUUUUAGUAUCUUAACUCUGUUAUAAUAAUGUUUAAAAAUUACUCAUGUUUACCCUUUGACUUGGUACAUAGUAAAAGCCUCCCUAAUCUUGGAUACAUUAGAAAUCUUUGCUUCAUGAAGUUAGUCAGGUUUAUAAACUUAUUGGUAGU